UUCACCUCUUUCUCCGGCCGUAAACGCCAUCUGGCUGGCAAUACAGCUCGAAAAGCAGAUUUCAAUGAAAUCCCGACGAUAUCUCUGGCUGCACCGGAACAAGAGAUCAUCGACCAAUUGCGCGAUGCGUGUACCCGCGUAGGAUUCUUCUACAUCAAGGAUCACCAAGUACCUCAAGAUGUGAUUCGUAACAUCUUCGCCACGGCCAAGGCUUUCUUCGACCAAUCUCUUGAAGUCAAAUCCGAAAUCCAUUACAAGAAGAAUAAGGUCCUGCAUGGCUACGAGCCCAUUGCAGAAGUACGGACAGAUGAGUCGAAGCGAGCCGAUCUCAAUGAGGCCUUCAAUUGUGGGUAUGAAGCUGCCCUAGACCCGCUAUGGGAUGGCGACGCCGGCGAAGCAGAAUUCGAGCAAGAUAGUCCCAUGCAGGGCGAAAAUGCUUGGCCACGAAUGAGUGGCUUUAAGGACAACGUGGCUGCAUACUACGGGAGCGUUCUCAUGCUGGCACGUCGACUUGUAAAGCUUCUUGCCAAGGUUCUGGAGCUUCCGGACGAUUACUUUGACUCUGCAGUGAAGCAUCCUGGAGCCAUGCUGCGACUGCUGAAGUACCCAGCACAAGAUCCGCGCGAUCCUGAUGCUCUUGGAAUCGGAGCGCACACUGAUAUAGAAGCCAUCACCAUUUUAUGUCAGGGCGAACAGCCUGCGUUACAGAUCCUGAAUGUCGAUGGCCAGUGGAUUCAGGCUCCGCCCGUGGAAGGGACGUUUGUGGUAAACGUCGGGGACAUGCUUGGGCGCUGGAGCAACGAUGUUUUCAUCUCGACUGUUCACAGAAGUCUAAGAGCCUUUAGCUAUCGAAGUUUGCUAGCCUCGGUAUUCUUUGGACCAUCAUACGACACGGUUCUGCAGCCUUUGCCAACGUGUAUUCCGGAGGGCGGCAAGGCGUGCUACGAUCCCAUCGUGGCGGGUGAUUAUGUGUGGAAGCGUUUGGCGCAGUCUCGACUGACCAAGGAGGAGGCCAAGACCAAGACGUUCAUAGAGAAUUCGGUAACAGCGUAG